GUGACUAGUGACAAGCGGAAGUUGAGUAUUUUCUAGUGAAAAACAAAACAUUCGAGCUUACGCUCCAGUUCUUCUAUUAGGACUAACAAAUCAACAACCAGGGGUCCUGGGGUGGCUUCGUAAAUUCUGGUGUAUUACCCGACAACUGUACCCAAAUUUUAGCAGGAUGCUGAAUGCCGCUGCUGCGGAAAGAAACAAGGAGCCCAUCCUUAUGGUGCUGCGGGGAUGCGUGAACACCGACAGAAGGCUGCAAGCGCUCGAGAUCUCCUCCGGUACAGGACAACAUGUCAUGCAUUUUGCUGGGGCUCUAAAGAACAUUACUUGGCAGCCAUCAGAGUACGAUCAGCGGUCUUUAGCCAGUAUAGAAGCCUACAGAGCUCACUAUCAAUUGAACAAUGUGAAGCCUGCCAUCCACCUGGAUGCUUCUCAGAAUCAUGAUUAUUGGGGAGGGAUCCAAGCGGAGAGCCUCGAUCUGGUCCUCAACAUCAACAUGAUCCACAUCUCUCCCAUGGCUUGUACAGAGGGUUUAUUCAAAGGGGCUGGGGGGGUGUUGAAGCCACAAGGUCUACUCUUGACAUAUGGGCCCUAUGCGAUGAAUGGCACCAUCACGCCACAAAGCAAUGUUGAUUUUGACUUGAGCCUACGACAAAGGAAUCCAGAGUGGGGCCUCAGGGAUAUUUCCCUCCUCAAAUCACUUGCAGAAAUACAUGGUUUAUUCCUGGAGAAAAUUGUGGAUAUGCCAGCCAACAACAAAUGUCUCCUGUUCAGGAAAGAGAGUUUGGUGUGACGUCCUUCUUUUGCUGAACGGAUCACACCAGGAUGGAGAAAAGCGCCUUAAAUUAACAAAAUGUUCAGACGUGUUGCCAAAUUCCUACAACUAAUUGGACAUUACGUUAAAUAGACAGAAUGAUUGUAUCAUAUAUCGAGUACAACUAUAUUCCUGAUUGCACGCAACAAUAAAAGUGACUCACUUCUUA